AUGACCAGCCUGUAUACCGUCGCAUCGACAAUACGGGUUACCAUUACCGACUUGUGUUUACCCCACUGGCAUGGUUGGAUCAAACGACAGUGGCCAUAUCUCACAAAACUGCAUGAAGAUGAUGAUGAUUACAAUGAUUAUGACGACGAUGAUCACAGUCAUUAUGAUGAAAAUUAUGCUGUUUAUGUUUGUGAAGAUGAUGAUGAUGAUGAUGAUGAUGACAAGCAGAAUGAAGAUGAAGAUGUAGGUAAUGGUUAUAAUGUUGCCGAUGAUGAUAUGGAUGAUGACGAUAAUGAUCAUGAUCAUGAUAAUUAA